GCCCGGUCUCUACAGUAGUGCGGACGUGAGUGUACGUGUCCUUCGACAACUCGUGUUUUGUGUUUUGUGAUUCGGUUUGAAAAACACCUGUUGGCUGUGGUUUUGAAAAUUUUCUCACUAACAAUCAAACCCAUCAUAAUUUAACCUAGGACAUUCCCAAACUGUAACUACACAUCAGUGUUGAUGCGGUGCAAAUUCGAAGCUGUGGGAUUCGACGGCGUGGGAUUCGACGCAAUACCACGAUGACUGUCAAGACGCUUUACGCGGGAGUUUUGCCCGACUCUGCAGUAAUACCAACCCAUGAUUCCGCAGAAUGUCGAGUGUACACGAGGCGAUGGUUUAUACUGGCUCUAUUCGUCGUGUACUCAAUGUCCAACGCGAUGCAGUGGAUCGAGUACUCCAUCAUCGCCAAUGUAGUACAGAAGUACUACGAUGUGCCCAGCUCCUACGUCAACUGGACAUCGAUGAUCUACAUGAUCACCUACAUACCUUUCGUCUUCCCGGCAUCCUGGCUGAUUGACAAGCUGGGUAUUCGUGUGGCAGUCACUCUUGGAGCCUUGGGGACCUGCGCAGGAGCAUGGAUCAAGGUGUUUUCCGUAGCCCCGGACCGCUUCCUGGUCACGUUCCUUGGCCAAACCGUGGUCGCCAUCUCCCAGAUCUUCGUCCUCAGUAUGCCCGCACCUCUGGCCGCUACCUGGUUCGGCCCCGAUGAAGUCUCCUCAGCAUGUUCUAUCGGGGUCUUUGGAAACCAGCUUGGAGUGGCCCUAGGCUUUGUGAUUCCACCGAUGAUUGUGAAGAACAGCGAAGACUUGGAUGUGAUUGGGUCUGGUCUUUCCUUACUCUUCUAUGGAGUGGCUAUUCUCACUUCAGUUCUUCUAGUCCUCAUUUUAUUCUUUUUUCAGAGCUCGCCGAAGUUGCCGCCCAGUCCGGCGCAGGCUGUACAACGCAGCGCAGCGUCCAUACCCUUCCUAACCUCUAUCAAACACCUGGUUACUAACACCGGGUACAUGCUACUUCUAGUGUCAUACGGCAUCAAUGUAGGUGUGUUCUACGCCAUAUCUACCCUGCUCAAUCAGAUCGUACUUGCUUACUUUCCGGGCAAAGAAGAAGACGUUGGCAGGAUUGGUCUGAUGAUCGUAGUGGCUGGAAUGUUGGGCUCCGUUUGUUGUGGAGUUGUACUCGACAAGACUCAUAAAUUCAAGGAGACGACACUUGCUGUUUAUUUCUUCUCGUUGGUUGGCAUGGUGAUCUACACCUUCACACUGAACUGUGGAUAUAUCGCUGUAGUCUACGUAACUGCUGCGGUGCUCGGAUUCUUCAUGACAGGCUACUUGCCGGUUGGUUUUGAGCUGGGAGCCGAGUUAACCUAUCCGGAGCCUGAAGGCACAUCCGCAGGACUUCUCAACGCGGGAGCUCAAGUCUUUGGCAUCCUGUUUACAAUUGGGUCCUCGUAUGUGCUGGAGUUGAUCGGUGACUUGUGGGCCAACGCAGUACUGUGCUGCUGUCUGGUAAUAGGUACAGGACUCACGGCACUCAUCCGCUCCGAUCUGAGACGUCAGGCGGCGCACGCCAAGAACACUCAGCAGCCACCAACGCCAUAAGUAGAUUUACAUUCCACUGUCUCUAGUUAUGUUCUUGUAACUGCAUUUCACUAUGUAAGAUAAUUGUUUUUCUAAAAUACAAUCACAAUGGUACAGUAGAGUCCCGUUAGUCCGAAAUGGUUGGGACCGGGCCCAUUUCGGAUUACCGAAUAUUUCGGAUUAAAAGCUUUUUUUUGUUUUUUUUAAUUUGAAAAAAAAAAAAUUUUUUUUAUUUUUUGAAUUUUUUUUUGUCUUAGGACGCAGGCACGAGUCCGGGAUUGUUUUUCACAUUACUUAAGGCUAGACCUAGUGGCUGCAGCAUUAUC